AAAAUAAAUAUUUCAGAUGUAGGCUUCAUACAUUUAUUAAGUUACAGGUUGGUUGCCACUGUUAACCCCAUAUGCAUAUAUAACUAGGAUUCUUGGAGUGGGAUCUGACCAGCUAGUGGGGCCAUCUGGCCAUGUCGAAUAAGGAGACUGAAUCAGAGCGUCUUCUGAUCGAGGCUCCCACACUGGAAGUAACCAGACAAGGCACCGGAAACGGAACUUCAUUAAGUGUAACAGAUUUGACAGAGAUUCCCUAUAAAUGGAUGUGCUGUAACUUUCGAAUUCGGGUUGUCUGCAUUGUAUUAUUACUACUUCUCCAGCUACCUAUACUUGGAUAUUAUUAUGUGACUUCUGAUAACUAUAUUAUGAAAUUCACAAACUCUUAUAAGGAUGUAUUCAUGGAGGAAGUAUUUGGACAAAAAGUGAACACUAAUUUAACAACUACUCAAAGUAUGUUGUUUUUCUCCACUGCAACGCAUCAGUUUACGAAAUCGAAUUUCAGCGAUGAGACUACAGUCAGUUCAACAACAAUUUCAACUAGAAAUGUAUUUACAACGAAUGCUGAUAAAACACUAUCAAAUUUCUCGCCGACCUUAACCACUGUAAUUAAUAAAGCUGAAGAAGACACAACCGUGUUGAAAUUACAAACUAAUGCUACAACAGCUGUAGUAACAACGACUCAAAGUACUGUUGCUAACCCCACAACAGUUGUUAGUACCAGUUUUCCAACUACUGAUUCACAUUAUGUUGCUGAGGAUGGUUCUAUAUUGUCACAGUGUCCUCCAGAACCACCAAAUUUACAGGGACCCCUUGCAAUUUCAUUCAAAGAUCCACCAGAUAGUUUUGAGAAGACAGUUUUAAAUAAUCCUCUCGUGACAGAGGGGGGGCAUGCGAAGCCACCACUUUGUCUAGCAAGACAUAAACUGGCCAUUAUUAUUCCAUAUCGGGACAGAGUUCAACAUUUACAAUAUUUUGUUGAAUAUAUGCAUCCUAUAUUGCAGAGGCAACAGCUUGAUUAUCAAAUAUUUAUCAUUAAUCAGGCUGGCCACGGAAAAUUCAAUCGAGCAAAGUUGAUGAAUGUAGGAUUUUUAGAGGCACUAAAACUGUAUCCAUUUACUUGUUUUGCGUUUCAUGACGUUGAUUUAGUUUUAGAAGAUGAUAGAAGUCUUUAUUGGUGCUCGGAUCGUCCUCGGCAUUUGUCAGCUGGAGUCGAUAAAUUUAAUUAUGUAUUGCCUUAUUCCUCCAUAUUUGGUGGUGUCACACUAUUAUCGAAAGAACAUAUGGAAGCAAUUAACGGAUUUUCAAAUGAAUUUUGGGGUUGGGGAGGAGAAGACGACGAUGUCUAUAACAGAUUGAAUAUUAAGGGAUUUAAAAUUAUAAGAUAUCCAAUGAAUAUCGCGAGGUAUAAAAUGAUAACACAUAAACAUGAGAAAGGAAACGAAGCAAAUCCGAGAAGGUUUGAAAUGAUCAGAAAAACGAGACUAACAUAUCAAAAAGAUGGACUGAAUAGUAUACAAUAUAAGGUUUUAAGCGUUGAGCAGCAGCCUUUGUACACAAAUGUCACUGUCGAUAUCCUUGGUCCGCCCUAGGAAAAUUAUAUCGAUCGAACGGAAAAAAGAUCAAGUAUCUCUGCCUAAUUCAAUGUGUGACUAGUUAUGGACUCAUCCAUAUCAUGUUUCACUAGUCUUAAAGCAUCAGUGAUCAGUGAAAAUAUUAUGCUUCCAGUGAGAUGUAAAUGGUAACCAUUCAGGCUUCGUGAUACGUAAUUAUCUUCAAAAUGCAGUAUCAAGGUGCACCACUUCUUAACGGUAGUUUGAGAAGAGUUGAAAUCUUUCUGACAGUUUUUUCUCAUUUUCUGUCACUUGAUAAGCCUAAUUUACUGCUUUCCACUGUAUAUAGAAUUAAUGGUAAAUGCACGUAAUGCCUCAUAUUUAUAAGCUUCUUAAAGUUAAUCUUGACAUGCAUUCUGUUGCUCUACUAAUAUCUAGAAAGACUAAGCUAACAUAAAUUUUUAUUAUUCAGCCGUAGUUGCAUUAUUGUUUGGUUUUCAAAUUAUUUUUUUUGGAAUUUAUAGAGCUUUAUCUUCUCAAAUUUUCCAAAUAGUGUUGCUUAUAAACAUAGUUUCUAGGUUUUCGAUAGGUUCACUCUGGAAACCAUCCACUCUUCAAUAUACUUGUCAUUUUCAGAACUUUCUAAAAUCAUAAUACGUUUUUGUUUUAUGUAACCCAGUUCACUGAGAGAAUAGUGCACAGUAAUCAGAAUAAUCUACUGCAUAGUUGAUAAUUUAAAAAUGUCAUCAAAUUUGGAGUAAUAUGAAACAAUUUCACUCCAAAAAUUUGCUCACCCAACAUGCAUAUGUUCAUAUUCCCAAAGCCCAUAGGCUAAAUUUUUUAUUGUUAAAUAAAUGGCAUAAUAGUAAAUUACAAUUGCCUAAGACUAUUCAGCCAUCUAACCUGAAUACCAAAUAGGAAUGGUUGAAUUACCAAAUAGCUAGAGUAAUACACGAACACACUGUAAUUUAUGAGUCGCAUUGAUUCAAUGUCUUGGUCAUUCAAUAACUAAAUAAUUCGGCCAUACCUCGUGUUAAUUUGUAAGCAUGAGAAAAAUUAUAACCUAGACAAAAAAUUUUUUGUGCAAUUAAACUAUUCUGUGAAUAUUUUAGUGACAAAAUCAAAAGGCAUGAUUUAUCUGUGUAUUCACCCAAUCAGAAAUGAAUUUUUAAGAUAUUUUCUGAACUACACUAAUAUCACCUGAUCUUUCUAUUCUUUUUCUUAUUUACGAUUUGUUCGCUGCUUCUACUCCGCAGUGUUAAUUGAUAUCCAAGCACUUGUUAAAUAAUAACCUCAUUUAGCCGAUGCAGAAUCGAUAAUGGGUUAAGGCUAUACAUUAGUAUAGCAGGAUUUAUGAUGCAUUUUAUUUAAGAAUCGCAAACUGUCUUAUUUUGAAACACCAAAGCAACUAUUGGAAAUGAAUUGUUGAUUAGUUUUAGCAUUAAAUCCUCAUUUUAUCAAGACCGUUUUUGAUCACUGCAUCUAAAAUAAAACCCUCUUGGAGACAAACUGGCAGUUCUACCCUAAUUUCCAAAAAAUUGCUAAGAAUUCAAAAAUGAAAACUGAAACUUUGUAUGUGCAAAGAUAUUGCUUGGAAGUUUGCAAACAUGCAUGCUUGUAAGUAAAUACCUGCAAUUGUCCUAAUUUUGUUCAUAUUCAUGAAAUUAUAGUGCCGGAUUUGGUACAAUCCAAUGCCUGUUAUAAUUUUGUUUUUGAAAUCAUUUAACCAAGUUUGUGAAUUUGAAUAGAUUUUAAUUUUUUAUUCACUGUAAAAAUCCUGUUUAUGAUAUAUCUGUGUGCGGAAUACUGUAUGUUGGUAAUUGCAUUAGUAUGAAUCAGACAUCCAGUUUCCAAGCAAUUCUAUCUUUGCUAAGUAUGGCCGAGGACGGAUUUUACUGCUUUCGCUUACCAUAGUAAAUCAUGUUUCGCCUUGCCAGGUUUGGUGCAAACCUCAAUAUUUGAGCCAUUGUUGAAUACGGACAGUCGUUAUUUUAUUGAAAAUAUUUUAUUUAGUGAAAAUAUAUUUGAUCAUCCGUUAUUUUAUUGUUAGAUAUUUCCUUUUAAAGGGGUUCGACUUAAUACGAUAUGAUUUUAUUGUAAAUUCAAAAGAAAUUUGAUAGGUUUAGCACAAUAGAAUUUUGUCUAAAACUUUUGUAGGUUAGUUUUAUUGUGAAAUAGUUGUGAUAAGUUUCUUUUAUAUAAUAUUAGAUUCCCCAUAUCACAUGACUAGCAAUAUUACACUGAUUAAAUUUUAAAUCAUACUUUUUAUGUGCUGCCUAAAAUUGUUUUAAAAGAGAAUCAGUGUAGUAAACUUUUCAUGAGAUAAUAUUUAUUUGCAUAUUUCUAAAGCUGUUUAUGCCGAACUACAAUAUUACCAAAAUUCUGACAAAUGUCAUAUUUCAUUAGUCUCUGAUUUUACCUCGUCCCAAUUUAUGUUGAAUUCAUAUCAUAUUACUUGCAAAUGAUGUUGAAAAUCUUAAUCAUAUUCGAAAAUUGAGUCUUAGUGUUGUGCUAAAAUAAGUUAUCUACCAGGAUUCAUAAAUACCAUUUUUCAUUGAAACCAGAUAUUCUCAUUCGGUCGUAUUUUUUUGCGAAAUAUUGCCGCAUCUUGAAAGAGCUAAAUCAAAGUUAAAGUUACAUAUGUGAUUUUUUUUACUAAUCUGCUGGCUGUCUUUAUCUGUUCUUGCAUCCUGUCUAAAAAUUUGCAAUGGUGAAGUUUCAAUUUUAUCAUUAGUGCAUUCUUUCUUCAAAUUCUUGACUGUAUUUUUGAAUGAGUGUAUUCCGUAGGCCUAUAUCAAUUUAAUUAUUUUAUUUACAACAAUCAAUUAACAUAAAAUAGAUAUAUCUUUCAAUGUAGA